AUGGGUGAUAGAAGAUUCAUUGACUUCCAAUUCCAAGAUUUAAAUUCGAGCCUCAGACCCAGGUUGGGCAAUGCUACUGCCAAUAAUACCUGCAUUAUUGAUGAUUCCUUCAAGUAUAAUCUGAAUGGUGCUGUUUACAGUGUUGUAUUUAUCCUGGGUCUGAUAACCAACAGUGCCUCCCUGUUUGUCUUCUGCUUCCGCAUGAAAAUGAGAAGUGAGACUGCCAUUUUCAUCACCAAUUUGGCCCUUUCUGACAUGCUCUUUGUCUGUACCUUACCUUCAAAUAUUUAUAACUUCAACCGCCACUGGCCUUUUGGUGACACCCUUUGCAAGAUCUCUGGAACUGCAUUCCUCAACAUUUAUGGGAGCAUGCUUUUCCUCACCUGUAUUAGCGUGGAUCGCUUCUUGGCCAUUGUCUAUCCUUUCAGAUCUCGUACCAUUAGGACCAGGAGGAAUUCGGCCAUCGUAUGUGCUGGAGUCUGGAUCUUGGUCCUUAGUGGUGGUAUUUCAGCCUCUUUGUUCUCUACUACUAAUGUCAACAAUAAAACCACCACCUGCUUUGAGGGCUUCUAACGUGUCUGGAAGACCUAUCUGUCCAAGAUCACCAUAUUCAUCGAAGUCGUUGGGUUCAUUGUUCCUCUGAUAUUGAAUGUUUCUUGCUCUUCUGUGGUGCUGAGAACCCUCCGCAAGCCUGCUACACUCUCUCAGAUUGGGACCAACAAGAAAAAAGUGUUGAAGAUGAUCACAGUGCACAUGGCAGUCUUUGUGGUGUGUUUCGUGCCCUACAACUCUGUUCUCUUCUUGUAUGCACUGGUGCGUUCCCAAGCCAUUACCAAUUGCUUGUUGGGAAGAUUUGCAAAGAUCAUGUACCCAAUUACCUUGUGCCUUGCAACUCUGAACUGUUGCUUUGACCCUUUCAUCUAUUACUUCACCCUUGAGUCCUUUCAGAAGUCCUUCUACAUCAAUACCCAUAUCAAGAUGGAGUCCCUGUUUAAGACUGAAACACCUCUGACCACAAAGCCUUCCCUUCCAGCUAUUCAAGAGGAAGUUAGUGAUCAAAAAAUGAAUAAUGGUGGUGAAUUAAUGCUAGAAUCCACCUUCUAA